AUAUAAAGCAUGUAGAAAAAAAUGAAAUGACUCAUAUAGCUCCACCCUUCGAAGUUUCUUUUAUGAAGAGGAAGUCCCUCGCUCUUAGUCUCACACACACACAGACGGCAAGGCAGCAUGAUGGCAUUGAGUUGGAAUCUACAGUGCUUUCGAAACCAAUGGCUUUCCCUACGGCCUCUGACUCUGGUUUUGGCUGUAAUAGGGUUCUUUUCUGUCACAGAAAGUGUGGCUCAGAUUUCGCUCAGAGGGGAGGUUGGUCAAAAUGUGACCUUUCACUGCCCCUAUGAAAAACAAAGGACGAUUAAUUGGGUCUACCUUCAGAGGGACAACGAAUUUGUGAAUGGCUACCAUGCAUCGAAAAAUGUAUCAGACGGUUGGGAGAACACCAGACUGGACAACAAGACAGCUGUGCAGAUGUUCAACUUAAAAGUCUCACACAGUGGAAACUAUCGUUGCAUUAUCGAAUACCGUCAUGGUCCCCUUGAGGAAAAAUAUAUACACCUCAGUGUCACAGCCAACUACAGCAAACCUAAUGUCACAAUAUCCUGUGAUAAAAACCAUGGCUAUAGUUGCCUGGUGAUAUGUGCAUCACAAGGUGGCUACCCACAAAGGAAGAUGAGGUGGAGCGGAGCUGUGACUGGGAAUACCAGCAGCCAGAUGUGGAAAGUUUUGAACAGCAGCGAAGUGCCUGAUCCAAACACCAUGUUGUUCAACAGUUCCAGCACUGCAUCCUUCAACUGUUCCUAUGGAGAGCAGAGGUUUCUCAGCUGCUCUGUGGGCAACGUCACCUCAGAGUUGUUCAAAGUCUGUGUACCCCAGAAACCAGAUAAGAAACCUGGCGAUCAUACUAUGAUGGUAGCAGCCAUCUGUGCAGUGGCGGUUGUCGUGAUUGGGCUACUGUUGCUCCUGUGGACAUGCAGGAAACAAAGACAGGCAGGAGCAGCAGCAGGAGCUGUGAGGCCAGAGGAGGUAGUAGUCCUCAGAGGCAUCAACAAAGAGGAAGAAGCAUCUUGAGUGGUGAACUGGCAAAGAAUAUCCGAUUUUUAUUUUAAAAAUCUAAAAAAUCUUCUAGAAUCUAGAAUUGAAAGUGUAUGUCACUACAGUGUACAUUACAUUUGUGACCGACUGAGAAGCCAGUCGGUCGGUGACAAGCCAGUGUCUACAAGAGUUGGUGACUCACUAGGGACUGCAUCCUGUUGACAUUUCACUGACACUUGUGACUUUUAAGUGUUUGAGGAAGUAAUUGUUAAUCGUAUGCUUUUGCUGGUGAAGUACAGUGUGUCAUUCAACUGAGAAAAGUUUGCUUCUCAAAAAAAAAGGACUUUUCUAGUGGUUUUGUGACGAGAUUGUUGUUGUGUACUGUUUGAGGGAAAUACUUCCCAGCACUGUGACAAACACCAUCAAUAGAAAAAAUUAUUGUAUUUAAAGCUUGACAAACUAUAUAUUUUAUUAUUACACUGACCUCUAUGGGCUUGAGUGAUUUGUUACACUUGCUGGAAGUGUCCCUUUUGGGCUGUUGUAUCAUUUUUAAAUACAGUGUAAUGUUGUUACACUUCAGAAUUCCUUAAUUUUAGCCCUGCAUUUCUGUUGUCUUUAGUAUUUGGCUUUGUGGAAAUACAUAUAUUUUUAAAUUUCAUAAUAAUAGAACAGUCAAUGUUUAUCCUGUCUAGUUAGUAUUUUGAAAUCCACCAAAAGGACUGCAGAAAAGAUGACAGAUGUCAGAAUACAGUGUUUGCACGUGAAUUAGUUCUUUGCACUUUUUCUGCAUUUUCUGCAGUAUGCAGCUGAAUCCAGUAUUCCGAGAUUCUGGUGUGCAAUAUUGAAUACAUGAAGGGAAAGUUUUUUUUUUUCUUUUUUCUUUUUUUGUUCAUUAAAUUGCCGUUACCCUGAAAUAAUAUUUUGGUUGUUUUCACAAUGCUGCCAUUUUUUUUUUCCCUCAGCUGACUCUUCUUACCUGAAAAACACCCUUUUGUAUGCUAUUUUUCUAAAUAUUUAUUUAAUUUUAUGUUUUUUUCUUCAGAAAUAUGUAUAUCAUUUACUCUGUUUACACUAUUCUGGGUAAGGAGGCUCCUGUUAUUCCUCCUUCCAUGGAAUUACCAAACAAUCUCAAAGGGCUGCUUUUGUUUCCUAAAUCUAUAUGAAACACUGCCCACACUUGAAUUGUUUGUUUGGCAUUGCUUUUGAUUUUAUCUCAUUUGUCUUCGGAAACCACUGAAAUGUACAACCAAUUAAACUCAUCAAAUGUAAUUUUUA